AUGGAUCAGCCGUCUCCAGGUCGCAGUCCCCGCCCCCUUUCCUAUAUUUUGGCUGGUAAGCUCCUCCCCCUCAGAUAAGAGCGAACCAGAGCCCGGCAGAGCGCGGGGGGAGGGAGUGGGUGCAGGUACGAGGUGAGCAGACGGCGGAUGACAGGGAGAAUAGCGGGGACCUGAAGAAGCGGCCGCUGCGCGUUAUAUAGACCGGGCGGAACGAUCCACGGGCUGUGGUAAUGAGGGAGUAGAGCGCCGCGGGAUCAGCACAAGCCGCACACGUCACAGCACACAGCAGUGCGGGGCUGCCUGGAUCACUGCGCGCUCCUCAUCCCAGCAUACCGGGCUCCACUCAGGGAGAUGUCUGCGGUGAGCGGCACGGAGCCCAGCCCUGCUGCAGCCGGGGGAAGGGUGUUUUUUCAGACCCCGCUGGGCGCCCCUGGAGCCCGUGAAGAGUCCCCGCAGGUGUCCGCUCAGCAGCACAAGCAGCAGCAGCAGAAGAGGCAGCAGCAGGGGAAAGUGACUGUGAAAUACGACAGGAAGGAGCUGAGGAAGCGGCUGGUGCUGGAGGAGUGGAUCGUGGAGCAGCUGAGCGAGCUCUAUGGCUGUGAGGAAGAAGAAAUGCCAGAAGUAGAAAUAGAUAUAGAUGAUCUUCUAGAUGCAGCUAGUGAAGAAGAACGUGUUGUCAAAUUACAGGAAUCAUUAGUAGACUGCUUCAAGCCAACAGAGGAAUUUAUCAACCAACUUUUGUCGAGAAUACGAGGCAUGCGAAAAUUGAGUCCACCUCAAAAAAAGGAUAUAUGAAUUUGCUAUGGCCUCCCCUGUCUUAAAAUACAGCAAGAGAAUCAAGACCUCAAGACUUUUCAAGGAAACAUUCUUUCUUAAGAACUCUAUAUAUUGCUGUUUUAUGGAGAGUGGGAUAUGCUAAGAUGUAGUUCUAAACUGAAUACUUGUUUUUGUGGUAGAUAAUAAAGUUUUUUUUUUAUAAUGUGUUUUUUUUCCCUUUUUAUAAUAGUAAACAAUCUCAUUAAUUAUGUUUUGGAGCCAUUCCUAUAUACAGUUAAAUAGUUUUCAGUUAUUUUAUGAAAGGUUUUUGGAUUGAGCAGGGUGUUCAUUUAUGUAAACAAUGAAAUGUUGAGUAUUAGGAUAAUCUGCUGCUUUGUCUCAUCUUCAUGGAACUAUUAAUCUUCAAGCCAAACUUACAAAAUGUACCAUAUUAAGCUUGGCUGACAAAUUUUCAUCAUCAUUUAGAAGGGUAUUUUGGGUUUAGUGUGUUAUUAUUGAAGGAAUGAUGCUGAAAACUACACUAUUCUUGCCAUAAAAUACCAGAAUUAGACAUCAUUUAGGAGGGUCCCAUGGUUUGAGCCUCAACCAGAACACAGCCACUUAUUAGGAGCAUCUCUAACUCUUGUUGACUCUUAAAGCUCAACCAUUCAAUUACAGCCAUUUAUGUGAAUAGUCUCUAUGUAAUGCUGCAUGUCUCCUGCAGCAGCCACCAGACAAGGCUUUCUUCUGCAAAAAUAGCUGUUUGUCAGAGAUGAUGUUCUCUUAUCACAUUUGAGAAACUUUUUGUUUUCGCAUUGCACGAAAAUUGUGACGAGACUGCAGUACCCAAGCAAAUUCCACAAGUGAAGAAAACAUGCACUUUAAUAUUUGGCGUUCUAUUAUUCAAAUUCUAUGCAAAAAAGUCACAUAAAAACUACUAUACCAUACAAAAUUUAAACAAUAUGAACUUCCCUUUUACAGUCUGGAGAACACAUUUUAUUUUUAAAAUAAGAUUUUUCAUAAUGAAUAUGUUAAAGGGGUACUCCAGCCCUAAGACUUCUUAUCCCCUAUUCCCUAAGACUACGUGGUUGUGAGUCUUCAGACACUGAAUGAUCAUGGCUUCGUGCCCCUGAGACAGAUGGGUGCUACAUGAUAGAUUGCGGGGGUCCCCAGCGGCGGGACCCCCGCGAUCAGACAUCUUAUCCCCUAUCCUUUGGAUAGAGGAGAAGAUGUCUUAGGGCAGGAGUACCCCUUUAGGAUUAGAAUAAAUUAUCUGUAGUGAAUUUCCCCAUUCCGGCUUUUUCAGAACAGUGUUUGAUUGGCCUUUUAGACAAUUUUUAUUCUGCUUUAAUGGAGAUAAAUAUGAAGGCCAAGCACUGUAAGGGUUUUGCUACCACCCCAGUACCUUUUAAACAGUUCUAUUUCUUUUGUUACAUAUACAAGUGUGUUUGAAAUGCUAAAAAUAAGUGGUUGUACGUGCAAAUGUUUCAUGUAGCUAAAACUUCUAAACCUGACUUUUAUGUUGCCAAAGGGGGGAGGGGAGGUACCUUUUAAUCCUGAUUCAUAAGGACCUUUCAGGUUUACAAUUCAUUUCAUGUCUAACAUGGGGUAAGGUUACCAGCACUUUAUUGAAGAUAUUUGAAAUGGCGUUGAAGAGGGCGUAUCACAAAUUCUGUGAAAUUGAGGUGUUCGGGUAUGUUCACACGGAUUAUGAACGGAAUCUCCAGUCGCAGACUUCCGCGAGCGGAGAUUCCAUUCUAGCCGCUCCAUACUUCGGCAGUCGGAACGCGCGGCACUGCUCUGUCACCAUUGACUGCUAUGCAGUGUUUGCGGACUUCCGCUCAAAGAAUGAACAUGUUCUUUCUUUGCGCGGAACAAUUUUUUAUUUUUUUUUGCAAAA